AUGUACCCGGAGGCCACCCUCAACCAGUCGCUGGCGCUGCUCAACUUCCGCCGGCCGACGGCCACAUACAUCUUCAAUCGGUACCACUUCAGGCGCCCGGCCAGUACGUACGCUUUGCUCAGGUACCCAUUUGAUCCGUACGACCGGCUCUGGCAGGCCUAUGGCGCCAUUGAUGCAUGGACCAACAUUACAAGACCCGUCGACGUCUCCAACAUCAGCAGCUUCCAUACGUUACCCAUGAUACUGUGGAGUGCCGCCACUCCAGUGAAUGGAACCCAGAUCGACUUCGCAUGGAGCUCGGAUUCCUCCAUAAACAAUGACAACACAUCAUACCUCCUGUUGCUGUACUUCGAAGAGGUGCAGAGGUUGCCAAGCAAUGCAGUGAGGCGGUUUGAUAUCCUUGUCGACAACUCUACAUGGAACGGUAGCCAGCGCUACAGCCCGAAGUACCUUUCUUCCGAGCUUGUGAAGAGGAUGGUGCUGGGGUCAAGGCAACACACUGUGUCGCUGGUUGCCACACCAGAUGCGACUCUUCCACCAAUCCUGAAUGCAUUCGAGAUAUAUUCAGUCCUGCCAAUGACUGAGCUCGCAACGAAUGGUGCAGAUGCCAAGGCCAUGAUGGCAAUUCGCACGAAAUAUGCAUUGAAGAAAAAUUGGAUGGGUGACCCUUGUGCACCUAAAGCAUUUGCUUGGGACGGACUGAACUGCAGUAAUUUUUCAUCUGGCCCUGCAUGGAUCACAGCUCUGCGCUUGUCAUCUAGUGGGUUGAGUGGUGGAAUCGAUGCUUCAUUCGGAAAUCUGAAAUCCCUCCAAUGGCUGGACCUGUCCAAUAACAGUUUAUCUGGUCCAGUACCUGAUUUUCUAGUGCAAAUGCCAUCGCUCACAUUCCUUGAUUUGUCAAGCAACAAACUCAGUGGACCGGUUCCAGCUGUUCUACUACAAAAACAUCAAAAUGGAUCUCUUGUCUUAAGGAUUGGUAACAAUGCAAAUAUAUGUGAUAAUGGUGCUUCUACCUGUGAACCGGAGAACAAGAAUGGCAAGAGAAUACUUGCCAUCGCAAUAGUUGUCCCAAUAGCAGUAGCGACACUACUAUUUGUGGCAGCACUAAUCCUUCAUAGACUGAAACAUAAACAAGGUAACAUUCCGUACACAAAACCACAAAAUCUGUAUUCACUGAAGGUUAUUCAUAUAAGAUGUGGUUUGGCACUAGUUACAUGGACAGCAAACAACUCAAGGCUUCCUAGCCCUCAAGAAAGGUCGACUGCGUUUGGAAACAGACAGUUCACUUACAAAGAGUUAAAGCGCAUGACAGCUAACUUCAAAGAAGAAAUAGGGCGAGGAGGAUUUGGUGCUGUAUUCCUAGGGUAUUUGGAGAAUGGAAGUCCGGCUCAACACUUGACUAGAGUUCAUCACAGAAACCUUGUUUCCUUGAUUGGGUAUUGCAAAGACAAGAAACAUCUAGCCCUUGUCUAUGAAUAUAUGCAAGGUGGAAACCUAGAGAACCGUCUAAGAGGCCAGGUGUCUGCUAUUACACCCCUCACUUGGCAUCAACGUCUGAAGAUUGCUCUAGACUCUGCCCAUGGAUUGGAGUAUCUACAUAAGGCAUGCCAACCACCACUGAUCCAUAGGGAUGUGAAGACGACAAAUAUUCUGCUGUCUGCUGAUCUAGAGGCCAAGAUAUCAGACUUCGGGCUCACGAAGGUGUUUGCCAAUGAUUUCGAUACCCACAUCACAACCCAACCAGCAGGUACCCUAGGCUAUCUGGACCCUGAAUACUAUAACACAUCCAGGCUCAGUGAGAAGAGUGAUGUGUACAGUUUUGGAGUUGUGCUACUUGAGCUCAUCACAGGCCAGCCACCAGCAGUCACCAUCACUAGCACCGAUAGCAUCCACAUUGCACUUUGGGUGCGUCAGAAGCUCUCGAUGGGUAAUAUCGAGAGCAUUGUUGACCCGAGGAUGGAAGGAGAGUAUGAUGUCAACUCUGUCUGGAAAGUUGCAGAAUUGGCUCUGCAGUGCAAAGAGCAGCCAUCGCGGGAACGACCAACAAUGACUCAUGUUGUGAUGGAGCUCAAGGAGACCUUAGAGCUGGAUGCCCUGCAUGCAAUGGGAUAUUACAGCUCAGUGCCGAGCAGCACAGUCAAUCUCAGUGCAACUAGUGUUGACUUGCAGAGUGAUGCACAAGCAAGUGAAGCAAGACAGGAAACUAUGCUUGAGUUGGAACAGGUCGGCAAUAUAUCAGAAACUCAAAUAGGUCCUGUGCCACGAUGA